UGCAAUGCAUAGUGAAGACCGGUCGCCUCGUUCCCUCCCUGGCAUCAUUGAUCAAUCGAACCCACUCUAUCCAAUAUUCAUCCCCAAACAAUUGUACUCUUCUCAUGCUAUCUCGCCGAGGCCAUCCAUGCCGCGUUCUGAUAUGCUAUUCCCUUCCACCGCAUCCGCGGAUCGACCGGCGACGCUGCUCGUCCAUCUCUAUGUCGUGUCGUGGCAAUUAUAUGGAGGCAGGACUCGCGUCGCGGAAGCCUCGUCCGCAGACGUAAAAUCCGCACCACCUGGCAGAGAAGACGGCUGCGUGGCCGCGGCUCGCUGGCGACUAGGACGCAGGGCGGUAUCGUUGGUAUGCGUCUCGUGGGCGUGCGGUCAGAUGGUCGCCAUGCGGAUUUCGCAGACCGAGCCCGUCUGUUGAUUCUACAUGGCUACGGUCCACGCGUACGGUACAUUGUACCGCCGCGCUGGUACCGAGGCGCCACCUGUGCCCGCUCCACCAUGGUGCCUGCCCACCCUCCCUCCAUCGCUCAUGAACAUUUCACCAGCAUCGCGCCCUGCGGAGCAGAGCGUCCCGCACGCGGGUCUCUCCUCGCCCCUGGGCCUAGUCACGGCGCCCUCCGCGUAUCCGUGGCGCCGCAACGCCGCCUCGGGGACCUGCGUCUGAUGGCGGGCUUUCGAAAGCCUGUGCCGCCCCACCCCGUGCCUCGCGAACCUCCGCGACCGGAAACAUGUAAAUGCCGCCGUUGGAACUGGAUACCACGUGCGGCAAGGGAUGCAGGGAAAGCUUCGGUGCGCGCUGAUGUCCGUCGAGUGUGCGCUCCGCGGAGAUGGGAGACGAGAGCCGAUGUGCCUUUCAGUCGCGUUGCGAGCUGCUGCUCCGUGCUAGCUAUACAAGGUGUAGUGCCCAUGAUGAAUAUGUUUAUAUUGUUUAUCUAUGGGUUCCUUUGAUCAGGUUCUUUCGGUGCUAUUAUGUCAUUGCUAAUAGUCACUAUUCAACGUUCAACGUUCAGUGUUCAACUUACAGAUCACCCGGAGCGCCUCGCGUCGCAUUGCAGGCCAGUGGCGUGCACAAUGUGCAGCUGCGCCUGCAG